CCUUCUCUCUCGGAUGACGACUCUGGAACCCUGAGGUUGACCCGUACUCACAGAUCCGUUUCCUCUCUCAGCACACAACACGACUGACUCCAGGUACAGACUGCCACGCAGAAGCAAGCCAAGAAGACCAAGGGACUGCAUGUGCAGCUUCCUACAAGAUGCCUUCUCCUCCCAGUCCUUUGCCCACCUCUGUGGCUUCUAAGGUGAGGACUCUGGAACUGCAGUAUUAGCACCACGGAACUUCUCACACCCAGUGGAUCACAGCCUUCCAGGUGGCUUCCCUGUUGAACACCCAGCAAAACAGCUGAGACCUGAGACCUCAGGCCCCCGAUAAGCUGUAAGCAGCCAGCCAAGGGGCACAAUGGCUGCACCCAGGAAAUCUGCCAUGCAGGUCCUCUCAUCGUGCCACCAGGGCCCUCAGCCUCAAGAGCGUGACACACCCUGGGAAGCCUUCCACAGGCGCUUCAGUCAGUUCCAGUAUGAAGAAGCAGCCGGGCCCCGGGACGCCUUCUGCCGACUCUGGGAGCUUUGCUUUCAAUGGCUGAAGCCACAGACACGGUCCGUGGAACAGAUCCUGGCGAUGUUGGUGACGGAGAAAUUCCUGCAAAUUCUACCUGCAGACAUGGAGAACAGCGCCAGCAUGCGCAGCCUGGAGACUAGAGAACGACUUUUCACCCUGAUAGAGGAGCUGCGGAGAGACAAUUGGGAAGCAGAGAACAAGAGCUAUGAAUAUAAAGUAGGAAGAACCCACGACUUGGAUCACACAAAUACAAGCAACUUCUAAUAUCCUUCAUCAUCCCUCCCGUUCUAAAUACCUUGUUAUGUAUAUCUGUGGAGCCUUGGCUGUCACUCUUCUGCCUCACAAUUAUAAUGAGCAGACGACUUCUAACCAUCGACCCCAUAUUCAGAUAUACAUCAUAGCCUUCCUGAAAUAACCCCACAGAAACCCUUCUUAUGUGGAGGUAUUACCUGCAGCAUCUCCAGUUUUAAGAAAGAGACAAUUUCUGGGCUGGGAGGGUGGCUCAGCAGGUUAAAGGCACUUGCUGAUAGGCCGGAUGACCUGAGUUCAAUCCCCAGAACUCAUAUAGUAGAAGGAGGUAACUGAGUCUCCACAAAUUAUCCUCAGAUUUCCAUAUGUGCUCAUACUUGCAUCCGAGGACAUAAAUAAAUAUAAUAUAAUGUACAAAGAAAGAAAGAGACAAUUUUGAUCUAAGUGUGACUACCUAAAGUUCUUUAGCACCCUCUGGCUGUCACUGCAUAGUAUUUUUUUAAACAUCAUUUAUUCAGCUUAACCACAGAAGCUUUGUCUUUAUGCAGUCACACACAGACACAAACACAGAUAUGACACAAUAUUCGUAUUUAGUCCAAACACAUUCUUUUAAGGUUCAUUUAUAUGUUUUCAUAUGUCACAGCCCAUCAUUUAAAUAAUGGGCAUUUUUUACUGUGUCCUGCUACAGCUUCCAAGAUGACAUGUUUUCUCUUAAAUUUUAUUUUAUUUUUGGGGUGUGAGCAAGGGCAGAGGGAACAAAGGAACAGGGAGAUGAAUAGGAUCUGAA